AUGCUAGACCGGAUGAUUCGAGACAGAAUUGUGUGCGGCAUUCGAGAUACGGAUGUUCAGAAGCUGCUGCUGGCACAGCCGAAGCUGACAUCGCAAGAAACUGAAAGAAUCGUGCGAGCCGCUGGAGCAGCCACGCAAGGCGCGCAAGAAAUUAAGCAACCGGAGCCGGCAGAGGAACCAGCCCCAGCCUUGAACGCGCUCACCGAAAAAAUGCGAAGAUUCAACUUCAGGAAAACAGAUAAAGGUUCUCGCGUGCAAGCUAACUUGUGCGGAAGAUGCGGGAACGCAGCGCACGGAACAGAAACAUGCCGGUUCAUGAACAUGAAGUGCUUCCAGUGUGGAAAGAAAGGUCAUGCAGCCCGAAUGUGUCGCACGGAAACCAGGAAACAAGCCAAAGCUUGUGCGAUACACGGAAACGAAGCCAGCAGCGAUGAGAGCAACAUGUCACUGCAGCUGUUGACCUUGAAGUCGUAUCUCUCAACAGACGAACAGUUGGUUGCACCUGUGCGCAGGAAAUUUUGUUGGGGUGGCGCCGACAUCGUCAUGGAGGUGGAUACAGGUUCGCCGGUCUGCGUAAUCUCAAGGGACGUAUAUGACAGGCACUGCCAUGGCUGGCCGAAGAUGGAACGUUCGAGACUGAAGUUGUCAUGCUACCUGGGGAAGCUGCCGGUGGCUGGUAAGCUUACGCUUGCCGUCAAGUAUUGUGACCAAGAGGUGACGGCGACACUGACAAUCCUAGACUGCGCAGGUCCAAGUUUAUGUGGACGCGACUUAAUACAAAAGUUGAACUGUCUUGGAACACCUGUUUUGAAGUUAACGGCGGCAACCGAAACCGCGCAGGACGUCGAGCUGAAAGAACUACUGUCAGAAUACGAGGAGUUGUUCAGUGACGGACUGGGUUUGCUCAAAGGCCUGCCAGCGCAUCUAUAUGUGAAAGAAGGAACUGCACCCAAGUUUUUCAAGGCCAGGCCUCUGCCAUACGCCAUGCGUGACAAAGUGUCUAAUGAACUGGACAGACUUGUCAAAAACGGUGUUAUCUCUGCGGUUCCUCACGCGGACUGGGCCACACCAAUUGUCCCUGUCCUAAAAAAGGAUGGGACCAUAAGAAUUUGCGGCGAUUUUAAGUUGACCGUGAACUCAGCCUGCUGCACCGAGCAAUAUCCACUCCCCGUAAUCGACGACCUGUUCGCGGCACUCAAUGGGGGCGACAGGUACAGUACGUUGGACCUUCGACAUGCGUACAAUCAGGUGCCACUCGAUGACGAAUCCAAGAAGUUAACCGUCAUCAACACGCACCGUGGUCUCUUCUGUUUCAACCGGCUGCCAUUCGGUAUUUCUUCCGCACCCGCUAUCUUCCAGCGCAAGAUGGAGAGCCUGCUGCGAGGAAUACACGGCGUACAAGCGUAUCUCGAUGACGUCAUUGUCUCGGAGAGAAGAAAGGAAGACAGGAGCGUGCUCAAGCAGGUGCUGCAGCGUUUCAAGGAGAACGGAGUCAAGCUGCACAGAGGGAAGUGUAACUUCUGGCAGGACGAAGUCUGCUAUCUCGGGCACCGCAUCAACAAGGACGGCCUACACCCUACGGAAAAGAACCUGGCGGCUAUAAUGGAAGCAAGGAGCCCGAAGAACGAAGUUGGAACUCACCGUAGCCCAGGGUUUGCUCUACUGGGGGCACCGGGUCGUCGUGCCACAGACAGCACGUGGAGCGAUGCUAAAAAUGCUGCACGAGACCCAUCAAGGAGCAUCGGCGAUGAAUGCGGUCGCGCGGACACUUCUUUGGUGGCCAGGGCUCGAUGGAACCCCGUAGCAAGCUGUGGCCCGGAGAUCCAGUUUGGGCCCGGAACUUCGGAGAAGGAGAAAGGUGGUUGCCAGGGACAGUAACUACAACGACCGGAGCAAGGAUGGUCCCAGUGGACACACCGUCGGGAGAAGUCCGACGUCACAUUGACCAGAUCCGUUUUCGAGAGCCGCUGGCACUCAAAGUACCAGGGACAGCGGCAAAGACAACGCAAGGCGCUCGACAAGAUGCAGUACAAGAUACAACACCUGCAGAACCAACCAUCAGCAACACCCAGCCGCCAGAGUUGCGAAGGUCAACCAGAGAAAGGAAGCCUGUAGAUCGCUAUAGCCCCUAGGGGGAAGGAAUGCUGUAUCAGAGCUGUGUCAUGACUCUUGGAAACUUUGUAUCAUCCUCCAAUGUACUUAUCAUUCUUAUCACCACCCUUUCUGCACCCGAAGCAUCGGCUGCCUAUAUUAUCACGUCCCUGACAAUAAACGUUGUUCACAACCCAGCAUGUCUCCGUUCGGACGCGUCGUAGCACCACUCUAUCAGCUUGCUACGCGAUAAAAGUAAAGUGCUUUAUGAUAUAUUUUUGUUUUUUGAUGGCGACAUCGUUGAUACGCCUUCAUGCUUUAGCUUGUUUGUUGUUCGAGUAAUGAUGUUUGUAAAAAGCGUGCGAGCAGCCUUGCGCGUUCGCCGCCAGUUGAUAGAGUUGGCAGGACACCCCCCUGAGCGGGCCCUUCCAUGUUGCGCCACGUGACUAGCUUAGUUUCCGGGAAUGUCACCAGUCUAGCGCUCCCCGGAGAAAGCCGCACGCUCGCGCGUUAUAGACAAGUCUGAUUAGCACUGUACAUAUCCAACAUAUACACAGUGUAAAUAUUUUGAACUGAUCAUCAUGCCUUCUGUUAACCUUGUAAUUUUUUUGUUCGUCUAAAAGGGGUACCGUAACUAUUUUAUCAGUCAUUGUUGUGUUGCAAAUCAAACAACGCUGUAAAUAAGUGUUGUAUAUAUUGCUUUUAUUUUCGAAGUGAUUCUAAUAUAAAUAAAGGACG